GUCCUAGUCUAUCUGUUCUACUGCAGCCAUCAAACAUGCUGAGUCUCAUACACUCCACUGGAGGCCGCUUAGGGAGAAUCACCACUGGUGGUAUGAUAGGCUGCUGGUAGAGUGGUCCACCAACCCUGGAACUUUCACCCUGGAGCCCGCUGUUCACUUCAUGUAUCAAUUUUGAGCCAAACCAUGAUGCUUUCUUUUUCUAAAGGCUGACCCAAACCAGACUGUGGCUGACGUACAGAAACAAACUCAAUAAUUGCGGUGUGGAAACUGGAAUAACAGCUUCUGUGGCAGGUUCAGCAGCAGGAGGCGACUCAGGUGGGGUUUUUACCUCAAAAUAGAGAGCAGGAUUUACCUGCACUGCGACAACCUCCACUUCAGAUCCUGGGCGAGUGUAGAUCCAACAGACCAGCUAAGAUUCUUCCUGAUUGGCUGAGCCCCGAAGCAAAAUGUGCCUCACAGGCAUCCUGAGCAACCUACAUCACCUUUACAUUUUGCCGCCAUCACAAUCUACACUGACUGAGAGCUGACAAUCAGGAUACUCACCAAGAGCUCAUACUGAUCUGGCAACAUGUUCAGAAAUUUAAAGAGGACAUGUAUGGGACUGAGAACUCCCAUACUGCUUGGAGCUAUUCUCGUGUCCAUUUAUCUCUAUAAAGAUUCUACUCACCACAAAACCAUCCUCCUCCAUGACAGUACGAGAGAGAAUGGCAAUCAAACACAGCCUCUAACCACAAACACUUCCUAUAUGUACUCCUGGCCAAGAUGCGAACAAAACAUGUCUGCUGCCAACAUCAUAAACUUUAGCUCACUUCCUGGUUAUAUCAAAGACUUUCUCUAUUACCGACACUGUCGACAUUUCCCCAUGAUACUGGAUAUUCCUGACAAAUGUGGAGGAGCUGAUAGAUCUGCAGACGUCUUCCUUCUCCUGGUCAUAAAAAGUCCCCCCAUGAACUAUGACCGCAGAGAGAUUCUGCGCAAAACCUGGGCUAGAGAGAGGAUGCACAAUGGUUUGUGGAUCCGAAGGAUCUUCAUCUCAGGAACGACGGAUGCCGGUUUUGACAAACGGAGACUGAACACACUCAUGGAGCUGGAGCAACGUGAGCAUAACGACAUCCUCCAAUGGGACUUCAACGACUCUUUCUACAACCUCACCUUGAAGCAGAUACUCUUUCUGGAGUGGAUGGAAAGAAACUGUCCACAUGUUCGCUUCCUGUUCAACGGUGAUGAUGAUGUCUUUGCACACACGGACAACAUGGUCGAGUAUCUCCAAAGUCUCGCUGACAAUAGUGGGAACAAGCACCUCUUUACCGGCCACCUGAUCCAGAAUGUUGGGCCUAUUAGACAUCCUUACAGUAAGUAUUAUAUCCCAGUUCAGGUGGAGGAGUCAGAACAUUAUCCUCCCUACUGUGGAGGUGGGGGCUUCCUCUUGUCAGGCUACACAGCUUUGGUCAUAUACAACAUGUCCAAUUUCAUCACCAUUCUUCCCAUUGAUGAUGUGUACAUGGGAAAAUGCCUGGCCAGAGCAGGACUUGUUCCAAGUUCCCAUAUGGGGGUAAAGACAGCAGGACUGUACAUUCCCGCCAGUAAUAUAGAUAGAUAUGACCCCUGCUAUUAUCAAGAAAUGCUACUUGUUCACAGAUUUAGUUUAGCAGAAAUGUAUCUCAUGUGGCACAGAGUGAAUGACCCAAAUCUGAAAUGUGGUAAAAAACUGUAAUUUAGAUGUGGUGACAGAAAGUGUUGUCAAUAAUAUUCAAUCAGUAGCAACUUCAGUAGCUACAAAAAUGUUUACUUUUUUAAAACAAAACUCAUUAAUAUAUGUAAAUAGUGCAUCUCCAGCAAACUAUAUAGAGCAAAUUACUUUGAAUAACAGGGCAGUGACCCAACUUAUAUUGAUUAAAAACAUUUUUAUUUGAGGCUCAUUUAAAUGGGCUGAAAAAUGGGACUGACAUGACAGUGGUUCCCAACUGGUCCAGCCACAGGGUUUAGAUUUCUCCUUAGUCUUUACUUGAAAGACCAUACAUUCAAUGAAUUACCACACAUUCAAUUUUAUCCCACAAACAUGUUGGUUUAGAACAUGAAGAAAUAAAACAUAUUUCAAGAAUAAACAGGAAUGACACUUCAAAAUAGAAGUGUUAUCAAGUUCUCAAUUCAAGAGACCUGCGACCCACUUUUGGACUGUGAUCCACCAGUUGGGAACCACUGUUUUAUGGAUUGUCCAUGAGUUCUAUAAUGGCCUUGGUGGGUUUACCCAAGUGGGCUCCACAUGAGUUUUACUAUAGGGCUACCUGGAUACCAAGUGGAUGCGGUCCCAAAUUUGGGCAUCUUAUCUUGGUUUGACUUGGGUGAACCCAACCAUGUAUCAAAUUCACAUGGGGCCUUUAUGGAACCUGUGGACAAUCCCAUAUAGGGCCCAUUUUUCAGCUCUUUUACUGCCCACAUGGCCCCACAUACAAAUAUUAGCUGGGAUAUGAAUGUAUUUAUAGAUGUAUUAAAACAUAGCAGUACAGGUAUGCUUGUCAAUAUCGUAUACGGUAUACAAAGAUAGCUGACACAUCUCCACUUCCCCUCACAAAUUAAAAAUGGAGAAAUGAAGCCAAAAUAUCCCAGAUACAGCCGCUGCCAUUUUGUGCCGGUGUGUACGAUAUAAUUUGGAGCCAGAGUAGGCAGUAGCGAUCUUGAGUUCCUUGCCACACACCCAUCUGACCAAUCAUGAGCAGCAGCAUUGAUUAUGAGCACACCAAUUGUCACACACAGCUUUCAGUUAUCACAUAAAACCCCCAUUUAUAGCAUCAAACAAAUUAGAAUCAAACUUAUCAGAAAAACAAACACUUUAAUAAACAUCAUGAUGAGAACUACCUUAAAUAAAAGAAACUAUCCUCAGGAAAAAUAUCCCGGGCAAUUUGACUUUUCAGUUAUGCCCAUGUCCCCUCCACUAACAUUGAGGGGGCGGGUUUUAUGACCUAUACUGCAGCCAGACACCAGGGGGCGAUCAAGAUAUUUUGGGUUCACUUUGGUGGAGCUGUUACGUCGUCCAUCUUUAAGGACAAUCUAUGGUCAAUAUAUCACCUUGUAUAAAAUAAAUAUGUAAAAUACUAUAGAAAUGCUUACUGCCAUUAUACAAUAUCAGAAUUAGUAAAAAAAAAAAAAAAAAAAGGUGCUUUUAUGGCACUUGUCCACAACACCAUCGGCAGUGUCUCAUUUCUGUCACACAGGGGUCCUGACUGAGCCAAUACUCCACGCAACUGACAAAAAUUAAACUCUGUAUAUCUGUAUAUAUUUGUUUUUCAUUUUAUUAAUUUCAUUAUUAUUUUGUGAAUUACAUCUGAAUAGCUUUUUAGAUGUUACAGGCACUGCUGUUUCUUAGUUGUAUCAUUUUGCUGCUCCACAACGGGAAAUUUACUCUCCUGAAACUCUUCUCUGCCGAGCUACAUAUUUCUUUUUGUCCCAUCAUAAAUCUUUGAUCGGAAUUUUACUCAACAACCCCGAAAAAAAACAAAUUUCUCUAAAUGGGAAAUUCAUAAUGUUAAUAUGGUGCUACAUUAGAAUAAGAAUUGGGAAGAUUGAGAAGCCAAUUAUUUAUAAUGUGUUUAUCAUUUAGCAGCAAAUUCACCAAACAACAUCACUACAUAAUUUAAACCACUCUACGAACAAGAUUAGAUUAAAUUUAAUGAGAUGAAAAUGCAAUAUUGUACUGCAAAACUUUAA